GAUAUCGUCGUCAUCCCAACGCGCGUGCUCCGGACUAGGAUUUGCUCUUGAGGGAACACGAGCCCUCUACCAGCACUCACACAAGAUCUCCGGCUAUCUGUGACAUCCUAGAUAGAUAGAGCACACGCACCCACAGUCCUCGACGAUUUCCUUUCCUUUAGUUUUUCAAUUUUCCUUUUUUGUUUAGCUUCUGAAAUUUGACAUUCAGCGGACCAUAAACUUAGAAAACUUUUAUAGUGAUUUCUUUUUUGCUUGCACUCAAGGAAUGUACGAAACCCACAAACUGUCAGGGUGUUUUCUCAUUCCUAACUGAAAAUUCACGUCCAAGGAACGUAUAGAUUGAGGAAAGUUUCCGAGUGAUUUGGAAAAGACAGAAUAAAUCAAGGCCAAGCAGAGUUACAAGGACAGAGUUCCAGACAACCCGAGGCCCCAGUAGAAGGCUGUAAGACUAGAAGACAUCACUUCUCCACAGACUCAGCUCCACUCACAAAGUA